AUGUCGUUAGCCAAUUGGCCGCGUUUGCGUCGUUUCUCGUCCUCGCUGAUCGACGUGGACUCGUCCACGACAAUGUUCUGUCUCAGGAGCUCUGUCACGGCGUCCAUGCGCGUAAUCAGCUCCAACUGCAACAGCAGCAGCUCACGAGCGUCUCUGGCGCCCAACGACGCCGUCUGGAUGAAUUUCGCCACCUCUUCGUACCGGACGCUGCCAUUUUCUGUGCCCAUGCUUUUGGUGGUGGAGUUGGAGGAAUGUCGAUUAGCCAGGAUGGCCUCGACUUCGUCGUCGUCCGAGAACUCGUCGUCGUCAUUCUGCCGCUGCUUCUUGCUAAACGACGAGUCCACGGCGUCUGUGGCCCGUUUGCGGCUCUCCAAGACCUGGUUGUUGGUGAGAUCAACAACGACACUUCCCUGGGACGAGCCCAGACUCCGCUGGCGCACGGUGUCUGCCUUGCGUGCCAUGAUCCCACUCAUCUCACUCGCAACGUCUGGCGUGACGGCCCUGGCCCUCAUCAAUGGCCGGGCUGCGGGGGUUUGCGACACUGCUCUUGGGGGGAGUGCCACCGGUUUCACAGGCUCUGACGGCGGUUUCGCAGAACUCGUGUACUCUUUGAGCUGA